AUGCCGGCACAGACAGCGCCCCUUGUGGGCGCGCUGGGACGAAGUCCAAGUGCCAAUGCCGGCUUCGGCAUCCAAGACCCCAUACCAGAGGAAGAAGUACUGCAUCGGGAAUCAAGCGACGAGGAUGAAGAAGAUGAAGAACAUCAAGAUUAUGUCCAAGAACUUGUCAAUAAGUAUACAGCGCCCCCCCAAAGGGGGGGUGCGCUGGAACGAAGUUCAACAGCGCUCCCCAACAAUAGCAAGGAACAAAAUGAUGCGCCAUUACCCAAGAAACGUAGUGCAUCAGAAAAGCAACGGGCUCACCUAGAAAAGACCCGAGAGAAGGCCCUUCAAGUCAGACGAGAACUUGCAGCAAAGAGGAAAGAAGAAAAGGAACUCGAAAGAAAACGUAAGGAAGAAGAAAGGAUUUUGGCUAAGGCUGAGGCUCUUAUGGAGCAAGAGAGACGUAUCGAGGCAAGACUUCGUGCAAGGGACGUUGAAAAGGAAAUAAAGAAGACUUCUCCUGUUGUAAAAAAGCGAGUAAAAACACCCAUACCCAAACCCAAGAAAAGACAACACAUUGUAGUUGAGGAAUCUUCAGAUGAAUCUUCUUCAGACGAUUACGAAAUUGUCAAAGUCAUAAAGAGAAAACGCCCCGCCCACCAAACUACUGAAAAAUACGCCGAAGCCAACUUACUCCCUGUUGAACUUCGUUCCAACGCACCCCCCCAAAGGGGGGGCGCUGUGCACUCGCAAAGGGUCCAUUCAUUCUUUGACGACAUAAUAUAG